AUGGGCAACAAUCUUUCUCGUAAAAAGCACAACCGUGCAGUAACCGCAACACAUAACGUUGUGAGCAGCAGCAAUAUUAAUCAUCUCCAAAAAUCGGAUAUCAUUUCAUGUGCUACGUUAUUUAAUCAAAUAUUUCAAAUCCGAGAAUUAUUUCAUAUUAUUGUGAUGAAUGGAUUGUUGUCCUUUGGCGACCUCUUACAAUGUGAACGAGUUUGUAAAUUAUGGUAUCAGUUUAUGAACGGAGAUGGUUCCGAUGAUUGUGGAAUGUGGGGAGAUUUUGUUCAUGCCAUUCAGCAUACUGCCAUGAAAAAGAGUCCUUUUGGUUCGUUGAGGACAGGAUCCUCUCAACAACAUGAAAAGAUUUCAAAAAUUCACGUGAUGAUUAUGCAACAUUUGCUUCAUCGGAUGGAAUGUAGAUCCGACUAUACUUAUUUAAAACGGUUUUUGAAUAUUAACGUAGAUGAAAAUACUGUGGGCUCAAAAUCGAAGAAGCCACAAUGGGUUCUUCAACGAUAUGCAGCACAAAACGACAUGCAGUAUCAAGAUGCGUGGGGUUGUUUGUGUAAUGUUUCAAAGAUUUCGAAGUUUAUCAUUACUACAGGAGACAAGCCGCAGCAAGCUACUCAAAGAUUCCAAUUACAAAGAAUUUGCUUUAGUAAGAAAUAUUACUUUCAAUAUCGAUAUUAUGUUGAUUCCGUGUUCCAAUUUCAAAAUUUAGAACAUCCUGAACAGUCGAUUCUGUGUUUUUGUAGAGGAAAGGAAAUUUCACAACCCCAAGACAAUACAGACACUGACAUAGUCUUGCAAACAACAAACAACGCAAGUCCAGCUUUUUUAAAUGAUUGUCACGUUUAUAAUGCAAUUAUUUUAACACAAUUUACAGAGCAAGUGAUGAAACAAAGUGAAAAUCUUCAUGGUUACUUUGAUACCUUUUUGAGAAAGUACAAACUUCAAUCACUGACCAGUGAAGAGGAUGGUGGCAAAGAGGAAGAACCUGUUUUAGAAGAAUCUCCACCUAUAUUUCAAAGAAUUGCAAACGACACUCUUUGCAAUUGGCUUUCUUUUAUGAGAGAUCUUGUGAAACACGAACAACGUCUUGAAUAUCUAUAUUUUGAACUGAUGAGAGUUAUGUUUUACCUAUGCAGAGGAAAUUUUUAUGACACAUUUUCAAUCCAGUUUUACAAUGAGCUUUCACAGCUGUUAUCCAAUUCUAAGGAUUUCAUGGAUUCUUCUGAAUCACAACAAAAUAUGAAAACAAAAUUCGAUCAAUGGUAUCACGAGGAAUACAUGGACAAGUAUUUCAAAAGCGUCAACGAUUUCGAAUUUGAUCAUUUCAAAUGUUUUGCUAAACAGACCUAUUCCUGCACAGGAAGUAUUGUGCUCGAAAUGAGCACUUGCUUGCACUGGUACUUUCCAUACGAAAAGAUGGAACUAGUUUUCAAUUUGCAGCGAAAGGACUUGCAUGUUUUCGAAAACGUGGACGUUAUUUGUCUUGAUCCUCAACUCGAUCGAAUCAACUUUAUGGAUUAUACGAGACCACCACUUUGUACUUUUGUGUUUGGGAAUUGA